CUCUCUUGCUCUGUUUCAUAUUCGCUUCCCUCCAAAACGGCCUCGGUCGGGGGUUUUCCCGGGUAAAUGAACGCGUCGGCUCCCGAGAAAUUUGGUGGGGGCGGCGUAAAUCCAUGUUCCGGUGAAGAUUUCGCCUCCGGCGGCUGGUGGUUGGUUCCGUUGUUCCCUCGGCGAUCCGGAAAAAUAGUAGAGAAAGAUCGUUCCUCUCGGUUUCGCAGCUCUCUGCCCCGUCGAGUUCUCGAUUUGGCCUGUUCGCCAUGAGCUACUCGCGUGGCUUUUUUGCUUAAGAACAUCUGUUUUUCGGAGUUUUGAAAGACAGGGGAGUCCGUUCGUUGAAGUAUAUUGGAGCUCAAUCCAGAUUCUUGUGUUUGAUCUACCUUGAUUCAAGAACCGUCUUUGAGUAGCUUGAAUUCUCAUGCUGUUUGGCUAUGGAUUCGGUAGAGACAUUGCCUUCGAGAGAUUCAGAUUGUUGUCAUGGCUCUAGUGAUGGUCGAUUUUCAGCUGGUAGUGCUUGGUUUCGCAAUGUUAAGCGUAAAUAUGAUGAGCUGCAAUGUAAUAGGAGAUUCUUGGUGCCCGGGGUUGAGUAUGAUUCUGUUGCGAGAAUUGAAAUCGAGAACGAGAUCGUGGCACUGCGCGAGAUGGUUUCUAGCCAACAGAAAGCCAUACAGGAUUUGACGAUAGAGCUCGAAGAAGAGAGGAAUGCCGCUUCAUCUGCGGCAAGUGAGGCCAUGUCCAUGAUUCUGAGGUUGCAGAGGGACAAGGCGGAAAUCCAGAUGGAUGCGCGGCAAUUCAAGCUCUUUGCGGAGGAGAGAAUGGGACAUGAUCAACAGGAGAUCUUGGCUUUGGAGGACCUUUUGUACAAGAGAGAGCAAGCGAUACAAUCACUUACGUGCCAGGUCCAGGCGUAUAGACAUAGAAUGAUGAGUUAUGGGCUCACUGUGGCUGAAGCCGAUGGCGAGCAUAGCCUCCAGCAUGCCGAUAGUCAAGGCAUGACUGAAAAUUUUGAUUUUCCAUCGUAUGAAUAUCCUCCUUUGAAAUGCCACUUUAAUGAGACAUCUGGUCCAUGGGAGGGUGAGAAUGAGGUGAUUGAUGUUGAAAAGUUUGCACAUGGUGAGACUCCCCAGGGCCGUAAUGAAUUGAAGGAUUUGGAAUUCCGAAUUCACCAGAUGGAGCAAGAUCCCAGCAACAAUCAGAUGGAUGGGGAUUUUCCUGGCCUUGAGAACAUCCCAGAGAAAGUUAUAGUGGGCCAAUCUCCUAGGCAACCGCGACAUUCGAGGAGGUCUUCUAAUGAUGGUUUGGGUACAUUAAAUGGAACUAGUAGAGACACUCAUUCGGACUUGCCUCUUGCUUCUCCGAGACUCACAAAUAGCUUCCAGAAGAUGGAGUGUGUUUCUGAGACGGAGAAUUUCUAUCAGGCAAAAAAGCUGAAUAACACACCAGAAGCUGAUGAUGACAUAACCGACAGGAUUUGUACAAUUGAUUCAAUCUAUACGGGCUUGACGCCGACAAAAUCUGCUCAUGAUCCAAUCCAUACAGGCUUGACGCCCACAAAAUCUGCACAUGGCAGUCUUCCAGAGGACAUAGUUACACCAAGAUAUACUUCCAACUGCAUCAAUGAGGAUCAGGAUCCGGAUAUCACAAAGCUCUACAUGAGGCUUCAAGCACUUGAGGCUGACAGGGAAUCACUGAGGCAGGCAAUUGUCUCGAUGCAAACUGACAAAGCACAAAUGCUAUUACUUAAAGAAAUAGCUGAGCGUCUGUGUAAGCAAAAAUCACCAGAAGAAUGCAUGCCAGUUAGGAAGCCAGCUCGUUUUGGAUUCUUCUUCUCUGUUUUCAAGUGGAUUGGGUCCUUCCCCUUUUGGAGGAAGAAGACUUGUAGAAGCAAGUACCUGUUUGGGCUAUCGCCUGAUUGUGUGGGCUUGCUAAUUCUUUUACAAGACAGACCCCAGAUGAAGCAGUGGAGAUGUCUGACACGGUCAAAAAGGGUGGCGUCAACUUUCAAACUUCCAUAUCCAUAGCAAGCCUCUCCUAAUAUGCAGAGAAACCGAGAACAGUUGAGGAUGCCGAGUCUAAGCAUCCGUCUUCUUUUUAUGCAUUUGUUGCUGCAGCAUUGGCUGUUUCAGAGAUAGCAUGUUCUUAUUCAAUUUUUUUCAUUCGAUAUGAUUUUUCGGCUUCACUCGACAAGUGAAACAUGGUCGUACGGUGCGCUCUGAUAUUUUUCUCACAUUCAAGGUGAGGAGGCAAAUACGGGCUAUUUUUCAGCAUAUUGUUGCAGUUCUGGGAGUAGACCUUAUUGUGUUCCUGCUCCAUUUUACUUAAGCCUGCAGAUUUUCUAUCUCGUCCAGAACACGCAUCAGCCGAUCUCCUUCGCUGCGAUCUCUGGGAGGAUCAAAUGUUUGCCUGCUUGACGAUAUCCAUCUCAGUUUGCAAGACCUUUGGAGUUUAGGUAUUCCUGUAAUUGGGUCAUCUUCUUGGUUAGGCUGGAUGCUUGAUGAUUGAUUGGCUUUUCAUUUGGGUGGGGAGCAAGGGCUGGCUACAGAGUGGGCCAAACAUAGAAGUAGAUAUUAGAUGGUUUUGUGCCAUCAUUAUUCAUUGCUGAAAUUAGCAAAGCAAAAGAACGCAAAUGUUCCUGCUGGAAGUCUUUUACACUGGAUUUUCGUUUCGAAAUAAAUGUCGGUCUUUGAUUUA